AUGGACCAUGGGCGAUUCUCUGCCAAUUCUCGCUUCCACCAGGUUCCGGUGAUAGGCAAUGGUCAAGCCUCCAACGCAAGAGCGAAUCGUCAUAUCACAUAG